AGUUGCAGAUUUGAAUUCGAGGCGCGCAGUCUUGUGCGCGAAGUAUACGGAAACAAAUACAAAAGUUAUAAACAGCAGUCGAUUUUAUUUAAAAAUUGAAACGUUUUAACAUAAACAAUACAUAGGUGCUCGAAGAUGUCAUUGCUGUCGCUGCUGUCGUUGGCCGCGCUGCUCAGCUGCGGCUCGGUGCGCUCUUUGCCUCAAGGUGCACCGGAAACGGUGUGCGACACGAUGCUGCCGUUCCAUGCCGGCGGCACGGUGCUGCCCGAGAACAGUGUCUCGCCCUUUGGCAUUGAGACGUCCAGUUCGGUCAUUGGCCAGGGCCAGACGCUGCGCGUCGAUGUCACAGGUGCACCCGCUGGCCUCAGCUUCGGCGGCUUCAUGAUCCAGGCGCGCAAUCGCAAUCCGCCCUAUCAGAUUGUCGGCCAGUUCAGUCCGUCGCGCGACGGCACCGUCAAGCUAAUGAACUGCGAGAACUCCGUCAACAAUUCGGCCACGCACAGCAAUGCGGGCCCCAAGCCGCAGGUCAGCCUUGACUGGCAGUCGCCGGUGGACUUCCUCGGCCAGGUGGUCUUCAACGCCACAGUUGCCCAGUCGUACAAUCAGUUCUGGGUGGGCGUGGCCUCGAAUCCCGUCCAGGUGGUGCGUCGUGAUCUGUCCGCGGCUGCGCCGCUGCCCACAGCCAGUCCGCCCAACUUCAAUGUGAACUAUCCGAGCACGCGCACGCCCUACGUGCCGCCCAGCUAUGUGGCGCCCAGUGUGGUGGCCGUCGUGGAGGAUAGCUUCUACGAUGGCUGCGGUCAGAGCAAGAACUGUUUCGGCUUUCCCGAUGGCUGCGUUGCCAGCAAAUCCUGCACAUCCGUCUCGGCGGUCACCGUGCGCGGCGACAUCUACGAGUUUGAGCUCCAAUCAGGCAAGGGCACCAAUGCCGCGUAUGUGGCCUUUGGUCUGUCGGACGAUGCCAAAAUGGGCGAGGAUCUGACCACGGAAUGUGUGCCCGAAAAUGGACGCGUGAAUCUCUACUCCUCCUACACCUCGGCCAGUCCCUUUAGCGCCGUCAGGGCCAAUGUGCCGCAGAACUCGGCGCGUCUGUUGAACGCUUCGCUGGUGGAUGGCGUCAUCUAUUGCAAGGUGCAGCGCGAUCCAAUCACUGUGGUGCAGGGACGCAGCUUUGAUUUGAAGAACGGCGUCUAUCAUAUGCUCGUCGCCUCGGGCAGCAGCCUGAAGGAGAACAGCGUUGGCUAUCACGAUAUUGGCCGCCUGCCCUCGGGCAAUCCCAUCAAUUUGGCCGUCGUACAGGAUGUGGCCGGUUCCAGUCAGCUGCUGGUGCGCCUGCACGGCGCCUUCAUGAUCGCCGCCUGGAUAGGCACCACAUCGCUGGGCAUCAUCUUUGCGCGCUACUUCAAACAGACAUGGGUGGGCAGCCAAACCUGCGGCAAGGAUCAGUGGUUUGCCUGGCAUCGCAUGCUCAUGGUCACCACCUGGACGCUAACCGUGGUCGCCUACAUACUCAUCUGGGUGGAGCUAAAGCGCGCCGUAUGGCAUGCCCAUUCCAUAACGGGCUUGAUUACGGUCAUACUCUGCUUUCUGCAGCCGAUCGGAGCGCUCUUCCGUCCCGGUCCGAAUGACAAGAAGCGUCCCUACUUCAACUGGGGCCAUUGGCUGGGCGGCAAUCUGGCGCACAUCCUAGCCAUUGUUGCAAUUUUCUUCUCUGUGAAGCUGCCCAAGGCAGAGCUGCCCGAGUGGAUGGACUGGAUACUGGUUGGAUUUGUGGUCUUUCAUGUGCUCGUCCAUCUCAUCUUUUCCAUCUAUUUGUGCGUUAAUCAUUGGCAGAUAUCGGGCAUCGCCUCGGACCGCCAGCAGAGCCAGCGCAUCAACACAUUCCAGAUGGGCGACAUGACGCAUCAUCAUCAGCACGCGAUGCGCAACGGCAUGAGCAUGGAGCGUAAAAUGGAUGCACCGUAUGGCGGCCUGCGCAAGGGUCUGCUGGGCAUCUAUAGCGUCGUCCUAGUCCUGUUCGUUGUGGUGCUCAUUCUGCUCGUGGUGCUGGCGCCCAUCGAGAAGCUGUUCGAGUAGGCUAGCUAAGCUUAGGACAACCUUUAACAAUCUCUACACGGCUGCAACUUUUAACAAUUUUGUGCUCAAUUGUUUUCGAUGCUUAUUAUUUUUUUUUUAAUUUUUUAAUGUAACUCGUUUCCGUUUUAUGUUGUUAUGUGUGAAUUAAGCGCAAAAAAGUGUAACGUUUCAGUACAUGUUAUAUAAUUUAUUAUUGAUAAUGUAAAACAAGCCAACUUAAAUGCGUUUCUUCAAUGCUUAUCUAA